AUGGCAUAUCUCAAGGAGAGUUGGUUGAACGAAGGGAAAAGCAUCUUGAGGAGAUUUGUUUUUGAUGGUGAUGCCAUAAAAGCUCUGAAGAUCAAGGCCACUAGCCAACUAGUUCCUUAUCCAAGCAGCUCCCAAGUGAUAAGUUCUUUAAUCUGGACGCGUGCAAUGGUUGCUUCCACAACGGUCAAAGGCUCCCAAAACCCAUCGACGUUGGUGUUUGCAGUAAACAUGCGGCCGCGAAUGGCAUCGCCGUUGUCCGAAAAUGCAUUUGGGAAUAUCUUCUGGCUAACAAGUGCACACCACAAUGCAGCCCACACAAGUGAAAAUGAUGAGCUGCAAAUUGUGGUGGGUCUGGUGAAGGAAGCAGUUGAAAAGCAAGACAGUAAUUUUAUCCAAAGCAUGCAAGGGGAUGAAGGGUUUGACAACAUUCGCAAGUUGAUGGAAGAAAGAGAGGAAGUAUAUGCCAAAGGAAGACCCGGAAUGUACAUGGUCAGCGACCUGAGAAGUUUCAAAUUGUCGGAAUUGGACUUCGGGUGGGGAAAGCCUAUUUGGGUUAGCCGUGUUUGGGGAUUUCCUACUUCAGUAUUUGUGAAUAGGGUAUUUCUAGCAGAAAGCAGCGUGAACGGAGGAGGAAUGAAAGCAUGGGUGCACCUGGAUGAGCCUGAAAUGGCUAUUUUGGAACAAGACCCUGAAUUCCUAAGCUACGCUUCCUCAAAUCCAGGUUUUCUAGUGCCAACAUCAUAG